AUGACGCACUAUCUGACUCCGUGGAGGAUCUCGCUGUUGUGCCUGAUAACAGUGUACACCGAUGGGCUCGUGCCUAACUCAUCCGCCAUCGAUGUGCUCUCCUUCUUGACCGCGGGCCUAUUCCCUUUAGAUCCCGCCGAUAAGCAAUGGGAGAAACACUACCUACCACGCAUCACCGAGAUCGAGGAGGUGCUGUCGGGACAUGAAUCGUCCGUACCGGGCCGAUCACUCUGGGAUCUGUUUCUCAAGAAGAUCUGGUCCCUGGACUCGCUUGAUGCGCUGGAGGUGUUUUUCAACGACGACCUGCCCUCGUUGCUCACAAAGACACGUGAGCAGUUGAUUCAAGACCGGGAUAAUGGCCUUGCACCGGAGAAUGAGGGGAUGCGAUUGUCUCGGAGCUCGCCGCUGGGUGCGUUCGUGCGCAGGGCGUAUUUGGAAUACACGAGGUUGCAAUUCCAUGAUUCGGUGACGCUCUGGUCUGCCUUUGUGAAGUAUCGGCUGCCGACGUACAAUAUGUGGGCGAGGAGGAAUGCCUCGGAUAGACAUGCACCUGUCGAUAUUAAUCUGCAAUUGCAUGGCUUCAAUUCCAGUGCCCACCUUACGCAUGUGGUGUAUGGCAAUGUCGAGGACGAGGAUGAGGAUGAAGGCUUGGUCAGUGCUAAGGAUGCGGAGCGAUUGAUUGAGUUCCAAGUUGGGGAGCUGCAGCGACUGGGUGGCAGAGUUCCUGAGGAGAUGAGAGCGCAACUCAAGCGUAUCAUGACCUCCGAUUCAAAUGCUCCAGUACUGAUGUACUAUCUUGAAUAUCUCGACGCCUGGCGAGCCGGCGACUACACAUCAGCAUUCGACAACCUCCACCGAUAUUUCGACUAUACCAUGCACAGCAACUCCGAUCGAAGCGCCUAUCAGUUUGCGCUCCUGAACUUAGCCAUCAUCCAGGCGGACUUUGAAUGCUUUAGCGAAGCUAUCUCUGCCGUGCAAGAAGCCGUCGCCAUCGCUCGCGAGUCUCAUGACAUGAACUGCCUUAAUUUCUGUAUGAGCUGGCUGUACCACUUUGGCAAGGCAUUUCCAGAGCAGAUGCGGGAGGUUCAGAAUAGUGGAAUGUUGGGUGAUGAAAAAGAGGGCCUCGCGUUUCUCAAGGCCAAGUCGAAGGAGACGGAAAUGUGGUCUCUCAUGAGCACAACGUUGCUCAGCGAGGCUAAGCUGGAGAUGCAGCAGGUGGGUGCUCGGCCGUCGUCCUUUGCGAAUCCGGUACACGGUGCUAACAACUCCCAGGGAGAGAGCCUUGCCACAAUCGUCGAAUCAUUCGUUCGAGCAUCCCAUAUCAAUGUCACAAAGGGUCUUGCGAAUCCCACCGGCGCGUACAUAUUGCUACAAAGUGCCAUGUAUGCUCGGAUAGGCGCCACCCAUCUCGCAUGGUUGGACACCGAAGUCUUCCGCGAAUGUUACGUGGAGGGCCAUCCGUACGAGGACUUUGUGAAGCUCACAUACAGAAACUGCCAAUUCCUGGCACAAAAGGGGAACUACAAGGAAGCCUUUGCUCGCAUGAACAAGGUCGAACCAGAAAGGCUACGAGCCUUCAAAUACAACAACUCCUGGACAUACUAUUCAGGUCUCCUCCAACUAAGACGGCAAAUCAACCGCGACGACAAGGUAGCCGUCGAACACAUCCUGACUCAACUCCAAGCCAUCCAACUCCUCGAUUUUGACAUGCGCCUCCUCCUCGCCUUCCACACCAUCGAAUACACCCUCCGCCAAGGCGACACCGGCCGUGCCCUACGCAUGGUCGAACAAGCCGCAAACUCCAUGCAACCCGAAAACUUCGACGUCCACUCCCAAAUCAAACUCCUCUGCCUAAAAGCUCGUAUCCUCGAGAAAUCCGGUCACCCACAACGCGGCUUCUCCCUAGCCAUGCGCGCUGCGAGCAUCGCCCACCGCUCAAAGGUCCUCCUCGACCUGUGGGAAGCCAUCUGCACUCUUGCAGCUGUCCUCCUAUCUCUGCGUGAGUUCGAGGCCACCGCCGAGUUAGUCGAGAGUAUCAUGCCGCAGAUCCUCGAGGCGGAGGACUCGGCUCUGACAGCGCGUGCGUAUUCACUGCUCGUCGAUGCCAAUAUGGGCGUUGCGGGGGGAACUGUGGUCCCAGCAGGGACCGGAACGUACUACGUUAACCGUGCGUUGGGGUAUAUUGACUCGGCGUAUGAUGCGUACGAGGAGAUUGAGGAUAUUCUGGGCCAGACGGAGAUGAUGGCCAAGAAGGCUACUGUGAUGCAUUUGACGGGUGAUCCGGUCUUGGCUAAUGAUUAUGCGGCGAAAUAUUUGGAUCUGCGGAAGCGACGGGGUGCGGAGAUUUGA